UGGAGUUGUUACCUGAGUCAGACAUUGAAUUUGAGCAUGAGUCUGAAUAAUUUUUGACCCCGGAAGACUCAAGUGAUGAUGGAGGAAAUGAGUUUGAUUGGCCUCAAUUUAAUCCGAGUGCAGAAUUUGGGGAGGUCCAAUUUCAGCUGAACAUGGAGUUUGAGUCACUUGAACAAUUUAAGCAGGCUCUCAAGGAAUUUACCAUAUCAGAGGGUAGGAGGAUAUUUUACAUGAAGAAUGAUAAGAGAAGGGUUAGAGCUGCUUGUAUACAUGGAGGCUUCAUGCCUAGAAAAGAAGUGCAAAAAGCCAAGGCAAAGCCAAGAAAAGCAGCUAAGGAAAAGGCAAAGUUAGAGGCUGCUAAAGAAGCUAAUGAAAGCGACAAAGCUAAAGGGGUGGUGGCAACGAAUGAGGCUCUUCCUGAAGGUGAGAAAAACAAUGAGAGAGCUACAACCAAUGAGGUAGAAGCACAAGCUAAUGCAGCAAACAAUGAAAAAUGUGGAAAUGAAGGUGAGAAAAAUGGUGAAACAGAGAAGCAUGACUGUCCCUGGUUUAUAUACUGUGCAAAGAACCCAUGGUCAGGUGGAUACCAAAUAAAGACCUACAACCCCACUCACACCUGUGGAAGAGAGUUUGGCGGCAAUAUGGCAGAUCAACAUUGGGUAGCAAAGAAGCUAGAAAAGAGAUUGUUGAGUCAGCCACGGUUGACACAUGCAGAGGCAUGGGAUCACAUGAAGGUUGAUUACAAUGUGAUACUCAGUGAUAAAAUGCUGUACAGAGGACUUCGGAUGGCCAGGGAAAAGUAUGUUGGUAACGAGAAGGCACAAUAUGGCAAGCUGCGUGACUAUCUGAAUGAGAUACACAGGAGCAAUGAAGGUUCAUCUGCACUGUUGGCAGUGGAGCCUAUACCUCAAUCUCCUCCAUUAUUUGAUAAAUUGUAUAUUUGCUUAGACGCCUGUAAAAGAGGGUUCAAGGCUGGAUGUCGCCCUUUGAUAGGUUUAGAUGGAUGCUUCCUGAAGGGUUUUUAUGGGGGACAAUUAUUGUCAGCUGUAGGACAAGACGCGAACAAUCAUUUUUAUGUGAUUGCGUAUGCAGUAGUUUACAGUGAGACAAAGGCAAGUUGGAAAUGGUUUCUGGAGUUGUUACAAGAUGAUCUUGGGCAAUGCACUACCGAUGGUUGGAACUUCAUCAGCGAUCAACAGAAGGUAUCCCUAAAUAUGUCUUAGUGUUUGUUAUGUUAACUAACUAAAUGCAUUGUAUUCUUGAUGGUUUAAUGACUGUUAACUAUGUUUUUUAUUAUCAUAACAAGCAUUUUAAUGCCUAUUAUUUUCUGGUCUGUUUGAACUGUAAUGCAGGGUCUUUUGCCAGCACUAAAAGAGGUUAUGCCUAAU